UGGAUGUAGUCAGCGGUUGCGUUAUUCUCUGCGAGCAUCUCAUGCUCUAAUUACUCUUUCUUAUCUUUAUUAUUAUUUAUUACUAGUUCAUGGUGAUGCAUGUAAAUGUUAAACACAAUGGUGUGGUUUCUAGAAGGAGUGUGCUUCUUGCCGACUUUUUUGGUUAUUUGGUCAUCGAGCACUUUUAUAAUCAACUAUCUGAUAGCUGUCUUCCGCAGAGACAUCGAUGUGGUGGUUCCCUAUAUAAGUGAUACAGGGGCAAGUCCUCCAGAGAGCUGCAUUUUUGGCCUCAUGGCCACAAUCUCAUCUUUUGCAGGCUUUGUCACCAUGUUUGCCAGAUACAAGUUUGUACAAAGGCUGAGUGAACAAACAGCUAAAGUGACUUCUACUUUGAACAAGAUUGCUCUCUUCUUUGCUACAACUUCAUGUGUGGGGAUGUGCGUUGUAGCUACUUUUCAGGAGACUCAGAUGAUGGUUGUCCAUGACAUCGGUGCUCUUGUUUUCUUCAUCUCUGGAGUGAUAUACAUCAUCCUUCAGACCAUAAUCUCGUACUAUUCCUAUCCGAAUGGAACUUCGAAGUGUGUGUAUUAUUUCCGUAUUGCUUUUGCCUUGGUGGCAUUUGUGGCAGCAAUACCAACUAUUAUUUGUGCAAUACAAGUAAAUACAACUAAACUGCAUUGGAACCCAGAAGACAAGGACUACACGCUCCAUAUUGUGAGUGCUGUGAGUGAAUGGACAGUCGCCUUCACCUUUGUUUUCUUCUUCUUCACAUACAUAGAGGAAUUUAAGCAGUUCACCUUGAAAGUUCAUGUUGAAUUACCGGAGUUUACAUGACUGCUGCAUUAUACCGUCACCAUGAGACAACAAUUUUAAAGCAUUAAGAUUUUUUUCUAAACAAAGUUCUAUUAUAUAUAUAUAUAUAUAUAUAUGUUGCACAAAUAUUUUUAAACAGUGUAAGACUACACAUUGUAUCUUCAUUUUUAUUUUUUUAUUAUUUGUAUGAAUUAUUUGAUCAAACAGGCCUAAUCGAACUGUUAAGCACAUUUCUAACAAGGAAUUGAAAUUCUACUCAUGGCUAUUGUACUUUAGUCCUGUGUGUUACAGCAAUAAAAUGAGAUGAUUGCUUAA